GUUAUGCUGUUUGAACUCAGCGCUUGUCAUGCGACUUGAUCGUGUAUGGCAUCGCAUGAACAAUCAGCUGUUGUGACAUAACCUACGUGAAUCCCAAAAUGCUGCGCCGUCUAUUGCCGAGUGCGCGAGUAGCACUGCAAGUGUCAAAGCCAGUGGUGAUUGCGACUAGAUGUAAUACUUACAGUGUAUAUGAGCCGGACUACCUCGAGUCCCUUAAGCCCAAGUUCCCGCAAUACGAAAGCCUCAAUGUACAGAUAAAGGGCUACGAUUACCCACUUCUCGAGAGCUAUCAACGAUUCCUCCACGGUGUGGCGGAGUACCUCGAUUUGGAUGUCUCCGACUGCUAUGCUUUGCCCCCACAGCAGACACAGGUGCAACGCCUGCGACCCAAUUCGACGGUCAUUGAGUCCGAGUACAAGUUGACCACCUAUGAACGCAGCCUACUGCUGAACAACGUGGAUGCACCGGUGUAUCCACAAUUUCUAAGGAUUGCACAAGCGGCGCUUCCGGAGGGCGUUCAUCUGACGGUGUCGGAGCAUACAGAUGAGCAUGAUGAACGACGCUAUGUGCCCGAUAAGGAUCUACUCGAUCUCAAGGCGGAGCUGGAGCGCAUGGGUGGCGCCACGCCCAAUAAGAAAAAAUAAUCUGCACACAUUUGUCAUUUGGCAAAAACAUUUAAAAACUAGUUUUUAUUUUAUUGAAUAAAUCUGUAAAAAUUGUAGAAGGGAAACAU